CACACUUUCGCGUGGACGUCGCGCCCGCGCAGUGCACGCGCGCGGAGCGAGGGCGGAGUCACCGAGUCUCUGAGGGAGAGAGCCGCGGCGUCCUCAAAACUUUUCCCGGACGGAUAAUUCAUGACAUAAAUCAGCGCAGCCGUGAAGGGAUUCCUGGAGUCGCGCCAUGUUCAAGGCCGUGCUGAAGAAGGGCAGAGAUGGCGGGAAAAACAAGAAGGAUGCAGGAGAGCCAUACCUGCUCAGUGCCCAGCGCAGGCGUCCCGGCGGAGGGAUGCAGGAUCCGUUCCCGUCCGCAGACGAGGGCCUCAUGCUCAGCCUGGCUAAAGGGGUCUCCAUGUCCCUCCCGUCGUCCCCUCUCCUGCCCCGGCAGACGUACGUGAUGCCGGCUCGUCCAUGCAAGAAGUCUCCAGGACCCGUCAGAAAGCCCAAGUAUGUGGAGAGUCCUCGUGUUCCUGGAGAUGCCGUCACGUCGUCGUUGAGGAAGAAUCCUGACGCUUCGACCGAGCUGGCCGGUCCAGGCCCCUCCCCCGCCACUCAGGAGUUGAUGACACGCUUGGGGUUCUUGCUGGGUGAAGGCAUCCCGGGCUCCUCGCGCAUACCUAUGGACGACAAGAAUGAAAAAAAGUGUCCAGUGAAUCAGGGAAUCAGCCCGUGCUCCACUCUGACCAGCAGCACGGCGUCUCCGUGUACGGACAGCCCCUGCUCCACCUUAAACAGUAACAGCAGCCGCCCGGCCUGUGGAGCCAUCACCAGCCCCAGCUCCACCCUCGAGAGCAAAGACAGCGGCAUCAUCGCCACCAUCACCAGCUCUUCGGAGAAUGACGACCGCAGCGGCUCCAGUCUGGAGUGGGGUAAAGAGGGCAGUAUAAGGAGCUGCGCUCAGCAUGCGCGUCCAGACACGUGCUCUCCGGUGGCCGAGGAGGAAGCCUCAACAUCCGGGACAGGGCUACGGAGCAUCUCCGCACCCAAGAAGACUUCAGGAGCCGUAGGGCCCGAGGGCCCCGUCCAGUAUCACACGCAGAACUCGUCCAGUCUGAUGAUGCCUCGGCCGAACUCAGUCGCAGCGACGAGCUCCACUAAGCUGGAGGAUCUGAGCUAUCUUGAUGACCAGCGAAACACCCCCCUGCGUACGUCCAUCCGCCUGCCCUGGCACAACACCGGCGGCAGAGCUCCACACGACAAAGCCCGCUUCGCUCCGUACAAGCCCACUGACAUCAUGCUCAAGCCGCUGCUGUUUGAGGUUCCCAGCAUCACCACCGACUCUGUGUUCGUGGGCCGUGAUUGGCUGUUCCAGCAGCUGGAGGAUGAUCUGAGGCCCGGCGAAUCGGGCGAGAGCUCCGGGUCCAUCAUCGUGGGCAACGUGGGCUUCGGCAAAACCGCCAUCAUCUCCCGCCUGGUGGCCCUCAGUUGCCAUGGCGGCCGCAUGCGACAGAUCGCAUCCAACAGCCCGAGCGCAUCUCCGAAAAGUGGGGAGCCGAGUUCAGAUCUGCCUCUGAGUCAGCCUCCUCAGCCGACCCCUCCGCCCAGCGCCACCAACACCCUGCGAUCCAGCAGCUGUCCCAGCACACCUGAGCUGCAGCGGCACCGCGAGGAGGCCGUCAAACGCCUGGCUGCCAAGGUGGUGGCGUAUCAUUACUGUCAGGCUGAUAACACCUACACGUGUCUGGUUCCUGAGUUUGUGCACAGCGUGGCUGCUCUCCUGUGCCGAGCGCAUCAGCUGAGCGCGUACAGAGAGCUGCUCCUGAAAGAGCCGCAUCUGCAGAGCAUGCUCAGUCUGCGCUCCUGUGUCCAGGACCCCACGGCCGCCUUCCGCAGGGGCAUCCUGCAGCCCCUCGUCAACCUGCGCAAAGAGAGGAAGAUUCCAGAGGAAGAUUGCAUCAUCUUGAUUGACGGGCUAAACGAGGCGGAGUUUCACAAACCGGACUAUGGUGACACCGUCGCCUCCUUCAUCACCAAGAUCAUCUCCAAGUUCCCUGACUGGCUCAAACUGAUCGUCACCGUGAGAACAAGCCUUCUGGAGAUCACCAGCCUGCUGCCCUUCUCCAAGAUCAGCCUGGACGAAUUCCCGGACAGCAAGGAGAUCGGGACGGACCUGAACGCCUACAUCCAGCACCGCAUCAACGGCAGCCAGAACAUCCUCAACAACAUCUCCCUCAACGGCAAAGCAGACCCCAUCAUCGUGGGCAAAGUCAGCUCCCACCUCAUCUCCCGCAGCCAGGGCUCGUACCUGUACCUCAAACUGACCCUCGACCUCUUCGAGAAGGGCCAUCUGGUCAUCAAGAGCGCCAGCUACAAGGUGGUGCCCGUCUCUCUCUCCGAGCUCUACCUGCUGCAGUGCAACAUGAAGUUCAUGAGCAACUCCGCGUUCGAGCGCGCCGUGCCCGUUCUCAACGUGGCGCUGGCGUCCCUUCACCCCAUGACGGACGAGCAGCUGUUUCAGGCGCUGAACGCGGGCAGCGAGCGAGGGGAGCUGCUGUGGGACGACUUCCAGCAGAGGAUGGAGACGCUCUCGUGUUUCCUCAUCAAGCGCAGGGAUAAGACGCGCAUGUUCUGCCACCCGUCCUUCAGAGAGUGGCUGGUGUGGAGAGCGGACGGAGACGGCUCCGACUUCCUCUGUGACCCCAGGAGUGGACAUGCACUGAUGGCCUUCAUGUUGUCAAGGCAGGAGGGGAAGCUAAACCGACAGCAGACUAUGGAGUUGGGACACCACAUACUGAAAGCACACAUCUUCAAGGGUCUGAGUAAGAAGACGGGCGUCUCGUCCAGCGUCCUCCAGGCUUUAUGGAUCAGCUGUAGUACCGACGGUCUUUCUGCUGCUUUGGCUUCCCUCAGGAACCUCUACACACCCAACGUCAAGGUGAGCCGUCUGCUGAUGCUGGGCGGAGCGAAUGUUAACUAUCGUACGGAGGUGUUGAACAACGCCCCGGUCCUCUGCGUCCAGGCUCACCUGGGCCAUCAGGAAAUGGUCGGCCUGCUGCUGGAGUUCGGCGCGAAUGUGGACGUGGUUUCAGAGAACGGCAUGAGCUCUUUGUGUUACUCAGCAGCCGCUGGUCAUCUGGGACUGGUCAGUCUUCUGUGUAAGAGAGGAGCCAAGGUGGAUCACGUGGACAAGAGCGGCCAGUGUGCGCUGGUGCAUGCGGCCCUGCGGGGUCAUUCAGAGGUCAUCGAGUGUCUGCUGGAGCUGAGCUGGAGCCCUGAAGGUCAACAGGACCUGAGCCUGAAGAACAAAGCCCUGCAGCAGGGGCUCAUCGCGUCCUGCAGUAUGGGACACAUCCAUGUGCUGGAAGGCUUGUUGACGUUGAAUAAUGAACUGGAGGUUCAGAUUGAUGCCCAUGACACACUGUGGGGCGAAACAGCUCUGACUGCGGCUGCCGGACGGGGGAAGAUGGAGGUGUGCAGCUUUCUCCUGGAGCGGGGGGCGCAGGUUCAGCAGGUGAACAGGAGAGGAGCGUGUGCUCUGUUCUGUGCGGUCCGGCAGGGACACUGGCAGAUCGCGGAUCUGCUGCUGCAGCGCGGGGCGGAUGUGAACGUGAGCGACAAACAGGGCCGGACGCUGCUGAUGGUGGCCGCGUGUGAGGGGCAUCUCAGCACGGCCGACUUCCUGCUGUCUAAAGGUGCCUCUUUAGCGUCGGUGGACAAGGAAGGGUUGACGCCGCUCAGCUGGGCGUGUUUAAAAGGACACAAGAACGUCGUUCAGUUUUUGGUGGAGAAGGGUGCGGUUAUCGACCACUCGGACAAGAAUGGACGCACUCCGCUGGACCUGGCUGCUUUCUACGGAGACGCUGACAUCGUUCAUUAUCUGGUUGAGAAGGGGGCUGUGAUCGAGCAUGUGGACUACAGUGGCAUGAGACCGCUGGACCGAGCCAUCGGCUGCAGAAACACCUCAGUGGUGCUGACCUUACUGAAGAAAGGAGCCAAGCUAGGCUACAGAACGUCACCUUAUGAUCGAACAGGUAGCCUGUCUCUCCUCUCUCUCUGUGUCAAACCAGACAUCCUCAUCAUCCUCCUGCAGAAGCUCAUGGAGGAAGGCAACCUGCUGUAUAAGAGGGGGAAGAUGAAGGAAGCGGCUCAGCGCUAUCAGUACGCGCUGAGGAAGUUUCCCAGAGAGGGAUUCGGUGAUGAACUCAAGGCCUUUAAGGAGCUGCGUGUGUCUUUGUACCUCAAUCUCUCCCGCUGUCGCCGGAAAACAAACGACUUUGGCAUGGCGGAGGAGUUCACAACCAAGGCUUUGGAGCUCAAACCCAAAUCGUACGAGGCGUACUACGCCAGAGCCAGAGCCAAGCGCAGCAGCAGGCAGUUCACGGCGGCGCUGGCCGACCUGCACGAGGCCACCAAGCUCUGCCCUAACAACCGUGAGAUCUGCCGCCUGCUGGCGCGCGUGGAGGACGAGUGCAAACAGAUGCAGCGCAGCCAGAGCAAACAGCAGGGCCUGAGCAACCCUCCGUCCGACCCGGAGCGCCCCGCCGCCGACGAGGACGACGACGACGAGGAAGAGGACGCCGACGACGACGACGACUCUGAGGCCUGGUCUCAAAGCAUCUACUCGCUAAACCGUACGUCAAACGGCCGCUCGGCUUCCCCUCCUCACAGACAGAGCCUCCGACACCAGCACCAGAAGAGCCUCGUCCUGCAGCCCAGCAAACAGGCGCAGAUCGUCAAAACCAACCAGCACCUGGGCUCCUUACAGACCGGAUCCACGCGGCUGACCAACGCCAAGAGCCAGUACGCUCCGUCCAGCCCCAUUCCCAGCCGGCAUAUAUCCAGCGUCCUAAAGGCCGGCCCGGGCAUCGAUAUCAGCCCGCUGCUGCCCACAAGCGACGAUCCAGACGUCCAAACGCACUCGUCCAAGACCCUAGAAGGAGCUCAGGAGCUUCGGAAGGACGCCAGCAUGAGGGUUUCCAGCUCCACCAGCAGCCUGGCGUCCAGCAGCAGUUUAUCAGACAGCGGGAAAGCCCAAGGCCCAGACGUGCGCACCAAGACCGUCUCGGACAAGCCUAAGAUCGGCCAGACCGGCUCAGCGGAGUACAAGCCCCGUCCGUUCAUGGGAGUCAUGGACAAAACGGCUCGAUUUCAGCAGCAGCCGCCGCCGCCGGUGGCGUCUCGGGGCUGGCAGAGUCACUCCGCUGAAGGUCUGCCGGGUGAGAUGGCGUACGGAAAAGCGGCGGGAGCUUACUACGAGCCGCUCAAGGGCCCCGGCCUGCACAACGGGAGCCUGCAUGCUAAAGAGUUCUGCCAUAAAGAAAGCAAACCCGUUCUGGCCAUGGCGCAUUCGUUCACGGACAGCAUGAGCAAACCGCCCGGAUUAACUCGAGAAAACCCCACCAUUCAUGUAGCGGCGAUGAAACCAAAGAGAUCUUUUAUUGAGUCGAACGUUUAGGAACCCUGGAAAACGCACUUCGGACAAAGCGAUUCGGUCUACACACACACACACACACACACACACACACACACACACUUUUCAGAAAAACUACUUUUAUUCAGAGAUGAUGCGGUGAUGGCUACUUUUUCAAACGCUUUCUAUUCGGAUCCCGGAAAAAAAAACGAAAAUGUGUUUUUGACGUUGAUAAUCAGAAAUAGUAAACAUAUGAGAACGAUUCUGAAGGAUCAUGGGAGUAAUGAUGCUUUCUUUUGAACGCUAACUAUAAGUGACUUUGUAAAUACAUGUCAACUAAUUCUAGAUAACAGUGUCUACUAACUCUCAGAGACGGUUUGGAGAGGUUUAGAAUAUACUUGUAAAGUUUCUCAUAGUGUUGGAUGCCGUGGAUCAAAAUAUUAAUCCUCUAAUGACUGCUAGUUGACAUGUAGUUACAAAAGUGAUUGCUUUUAGUAGAAGUGGACUAUCCAAAUAAAGUGUUACCCCAGGAAUAAAUUGGAUUUUACAGUAUAUUCACAUAGAAAACAUUUAUUUUAAUUGUAAAAUUUCACAAUUUUUACCGUAUUUUUGAUCAAAUAAACUCAAAAAAUCCUCCCCCCUCCAAACGUUUGAUUGGUAUUUGUAUGUAUAUAUAUAUAUAUAUAUAUAUAUAUAUCGUAAGGCGUAGAUAUAUAAAAUAUAUGCAAUCAAAAUGCUUGGACGCAUUUUCCAUAUUGUAGUACGACACGGUUCCAGACUCGUGCGUUUUAUAAAGAGGCACAAUUUAUUUGUCUGCCAAAUGAAGCCAUUUCAAGGAUUUAAAGAUGAUGUGCCAUAUAUAACAAGAUUUAAAGUUCACUCAGAACGUUUCUAUUCUGAAGUUCAGCCUUGUGUUCAUUGGUUAGAAAGGAUUAAUGGGUCUGUUUCUACUCGUGUUUUCUUGAAGCCCCGUGAACAAGGACAGCUCCAGCCUCUGGGAUGAUUAUUUGGAUGUUUUUGACGGAUCAGAAACGCCUGAAGAGGGGCUCGAUCACGGCACUGAGGACUCAACCUGUGCACAAGGGGUUAAUGUUGAUGACAGAGAUCACACUUGUACUGUAAAUAUUACUGUAAUGUGUAUUUUUCACCUUUUAUGUGAAGAUGGUGUAUUUUGACCAUUUACACACACAAAAAAGUGUAGUUUGCGUUUUUCAUACAUUUUUGGUUGACGUGACGUUUGCGGUUAUUAAACUCGUACCUGGUCUGUUUGUAUGUUUGUACAUUACAUCUGAAUUUGCCCUACGAUGUUGAGAAGUCUAUUCUUUCCUGCUUGUUAUUCCCGUCUAGAUUAAUUUAUUUUACGACGCCUCCUGCUUGGUAUCUUGUCUAAGCAAUAUAUUUUAUAUAGUUAUUUUUGCACAGCUACUUUUAAAAGAAAUACGAAACAAAUGUUUUACGAAUAUGAUCCUACGGAGGCUAUCUGGAUGAGAGCGCAUGCUAAAGUUUAUGUGAAGGAAGCAGAGAAAAAUAUUAAACGUCGUAGGUUUGAGAUGGGCAGAUAUUAUAUUUGAAACGUGUGUAUAUAUAUAUAUAUUAUUUUUUCUGCAAUUGGUGCCUCAUGAGUUGUGAUCUGUUACUGCAUUCUGUAUUAAAAAUUUCUGCCAUGGUCCAUUUAUGGGAAAUAAAAAAAGAAGUCCCAAUGGAAAAUGUAUUUUUGCAUUAUUAUUAACUAUGAAGUGUUACAUCGUAUUUGGACAAGCUAGUUAAUUUUUUUUUUUAAAUAAAAAAAUUAUGGA